AUGAGCUCUAUGCUUCCACAACUCAUAGAAGAAAUUAAUGUUAUUGAUAGUGAUAACAAGAUUUCUUGUGUAAUUGUCACUAAAAACAUGGGAUGGGCUUUGGAAAUUGCACACAAAUUGGGAAUUAAAGGAGCUCUUUUCUGGCCAGCUUCAGCAACUUCAUUGGUCUCUUUUGAUUCCAUGGAGAGGCUUGUUGAUGAAGGAAUUAUUGAUUCUCAAACUGGUCUUCCAAGAAAACAAGAGAUUCAACUUUCCACAAACUUGCCUAUGAUGGAAGCAACUGCCAUGCCAUGGUAUAACUUAAAUAAUUCAUUCUUCUUCCUUCAUAUGAUGAAAGAGAUGCGAAAUAUGAAUUUAGGAGAAUGGUGGCUUUGUAACACUAGUAUGGAUCUUGAGGCUCAAGCACUCUCCUUAUCACCGAAAUUUCUACCAAUUGGCCCAUUAAUGGGAAAUGAGCAUAACAAAAUUGGCUCUUUGUGGCAAGAAGAUGAAAGUUGCAUAGAAUGGUUAGAUCAACACCCACCUAAGUCAGUGAUAUAUGUUUCAUUUGGUAGUUUGAUAUCAAUUGGGCCUAACCAAUUCAAAGAAUUAGCUCUCGGGCUUGAUCUUCUUCAAAGGCCUUUUCUUUGGGUUGUGAGAAAAGAUAAGGCCGAUAAAGAUAAUGUCCUAGAAUAUGAGUACCCUAAUGAGUUCAAAGGAAAUCAAGGUAAAAUUGUUGGUUGGUCACCACAAAAGAAGAUUUUGGGACAUUCUUCAAUAGCAUGUUUUGUUACACAUUGUGGUUGGAAUUCAACAAUUGAAAGUGUGGGUAAUGGGGUGCCUUUGUUGUGUUGGCCAUUCUAUAGUGAUCAACUUAUGAAUAAGACAUAUAUUUGUGAUGUUUGGAAAGUUGGAUUGGGAUUUGAAAAAGAUGAAGAUAGAUUAAUUACAAAGGGAGAUAUAAAGAAGAAGGUGGAGGAAUUACUUGGAGAUCAAGGAAUUAGAGGAAGAUCUUUGAAGUUAAUGGAAAUGGUGGAGAAAAACAAAGAAGAAGGGAGUAUGAAUUUAAACAAAUUUAUCAAUUGGGCCAAGGAAUAG